UCCAAGGUAACAGUGCAGUGGGACAGGUCUUAGACCGGGGGGAAAAAGAGAAACCCGGAAGUGACGUCCUUACUUCGCGUCGGGGCGAGAAGGUUCGAAGAUGGCGGCGCGCAAGGGACGGAGGCGCACAUGUGAAACUGGGGAACCCAUGGAGGCUGAGUCCUGCGAUCCAGGAUCCGAAAGCCCACCCCAGGUCUACCUGCCCGGCAAGGGACCCCCAUUAGGAGAAGGGGAGGAGCUGGUGAUGGACGAGGAGGCCUACGUGCUGUACCAUCGUGCGCAAACUGGCGCCCCUUGUCUCAGCUUUGACAUAGUCCGAGAUCACCUGGGUGACAACCGGACAGAACUCCCGCUCACUCUCUUCCUGUGUGCGGGAACCCAGGCUGACAGCGCCCAGAACAAUAGACUGAUGAUGCUUCGGAUGCACAAUCUCCAUGGGACCAAGCCGCCACCCUCAGAGGGCAGUGAUGAUGAUGAAGAGGAGGAUGAAGAGGAUGAAGAGGAGCGGAAACCUCAGCUGGACCUGGCCAUGGUUCCCCACUAUGGUGGCAUCAACCGAGUUCGGGUAUCCUGGCUGGGAGAGGAGCCUGUGGCUGGAGUAUGGUCAGAGAAGGGCCAGGUAGAAGUGUUUGCACUGAGGCGGCUCCUACAGGUGGUAGAUGACCCCCAGGCCCUGGCCAUUUUCCUCCGGGAAGAGCAGGCCCGCAUAAAGCCCAUCUUCUCCUUUGCUGGCCACAUGGGUGAGGGCUUUGCUCUUGACUGGUCCCCUCGUGUGCCUGGCCGCUUGGUGACUGGUGACUGUCAGAAGAACAUCCACCUCUGGACACCCACGGAUGGUGGCUCCUGGCAUGUGGACCAGAGACCAUUUGUGGGCCACACACGCUCCGUGGAGGAUCUGCAGUGGUCACCAACCGAGGACACGGUGUUCGCCUCCUGCUCAGCUGAUGCCUCCAUUCGCAUCUGGGACAUCCGAGCAGCCCCGGGCAAGGCCUGCAUGCUCACCACGGCCACUGCCCAUGAUGGGGAUGUUAAUGUCAUCAGCUGGAGCCGCAGGGAACCCUUCCUGCUCAGCGGUGGGGAUGAUGGCGUCCUCAAAGUCUGGGACCUACGGCAGUUUAAGUCUGGCUCCCCUGUGGCCACCUUCAAGCAGCACAUGGCCCCUGUGACCUCUGUGGAGUGGCACCCUCAGGACAGUGGGGUCUUCGCAGCCUCUGGCGCUGACAACCAGAUCACACAGUGGGACCUGGCAGUCGAGCGGGACCCGGAGGCAGGGGAGGCGGAAGCAGACCCCGGGCUGGCGGCACUUCCCCAGCAGCUGCUGUUCGUGCACCAAGGGGAGGCCGACCUGAAGGAGCUGCACUGGCACCCGCAGUGCCCUGGGGUCCUGAUCAGCACUGCCCUGUCAGGCUUCACCGUCUUCCGCACCAUCAGCGUCUAAGGUGGCCAGCACUUGCCUCACACCUUGGCUCUUCGUGGGAACUGGAUUGGCUAAUCUGGCAGGGAUCAUUAGGUCUGUAAACUGCACCCCAGAAAGGAAGACUCGCUCAACGGGUCUGUGUGGAACAAAAGUAAUGGAUUCUGCUGCCCUGGUGUCUGCAUGUGGAUUGACCCUGGUUUGUACACCUUACACCAAAGACCCUUGCCCAUCCCAGAUGUGGCCUCACUAUAAGAUUUCUGUCAGUGUUGACUCUUGGCUUGACACUUAGACCUCUGCCCCAGGAACAAGUUCUGGCUGGUGAUGGACUCUGGGGACUCGAAGGGCUUUGCCAUGCUGGGCCGAGUCUGGGUCUGGGUGCUCCAGUGGAGUUUAGUUCUCGCUUUGCUCUCUGGCCAGCUAGGUUCCGCUGAGAUCCCAGCUGGGUACUCGGGUCCCUCGCUGUGCUGAGCACUAUUGUAGUGGAGGGAGGUCUGGGCUUCUGCCGCAGUAGAAGACAGUAAGACCCCAAACACGAGACAGACGCCAAUCUAUGAGCUUUUCUGUGACAAAGCUGAAGAGGGGUGGGAUUAUGCAGGGACCUGUCCCUGUAUGGGACUUGUCACCCUGUGUGGGCUCUUCCUUUUUGACUUGGCCUUUUCUAAAUCAGUCCCAUUGGACCUGGCUCGGAGUCAGUAAAUGGGUGUCUCUUUCUGGACCACUGGUUUAUUAAGACGUCGUCCUUGGGGAAAGAAAUGGGAACCCACAUUU